AUGUCUGCGUGCGCGCCGCGCGCUUGCUGUCGGCCGCGCGCCCCGCCGACCCUGCUGGACAUCACCGCGAAGAUCGUCGCCGCUGCGAUCCCCUUCCAACGCAUCGAGGAACGCUAUGAACGCAUCCCGGAGCCCGUGCAGCGGCGCGUCGUGUACUGGUCGUUCCCGCGGGACGAGCGCGACAUAUGCAUGUACUCGUCGCUGGCGCGGGCGCCGCCCGACGACCACCGGAACAUCGCCUUCUGCCGCGGCCUCAAGCUCCUCGAGGCCGGCUGCGUGGAGAACGUGCUACAAGUCGGUUUUCACUUGAGCGGAGUUGUGCGCGCGCCCGCCGCGGUACCGCCCUGCUCGGAGCCUGAAAGACUCUAUCGGGUCACAGUUUCUUUUGACAGAUGCAAGAUAACGGGCGUGACAUGCAGCUGCGAGGCGCGCGACAUCUUCUGGUGCCAGCACGUGGUAGCGCUGGCACUGUACCGCAUCAGGAACGCCGAUUCAGUCCGUCUACGUGUGCCUAUAUCAGAAACUCUGCUUCAAAUGGACCGGCAGCAGUUACAGAAGUUCGUCCAAUACCUAAUCGCGGAGCACCACACAGAGGUCCUGCCUACAGCGCAGCGUCUAGCUGACGAGGUGCUUCAGGCAAGGUCCGCGAUCAACAGGAUCUGCGGCGCCCCCGACCCUACCGCUGGACCACCGCCUGAUGCACACCACGCGUGGCAUCUCGAUGAACAGCAGGUGUGUGAACAAGUACGUGCGUAUCUACUACAGGGAACGUAUUACAAUGCAAAUAAACAACUCAACUCCUUGUUUUCUAAGGUAAGAGAAAUGCUCCGAGCACAAGACUCCAAUGGACCAAGGAUGCUUAUGCUCAUGACUGAACAAUUUCUCUCCGACCCGCGCCUUUUACUCUGGAGGAACCAAAACACGCCGAUGACGGAGAAGUGUAGGCAGCUUUGGGAACAAUUAGGCGCUCUGUGGGUCAGCAUAGUGCUAGACCCAGGCAGCAACAAGCAUCACAGGAUGCAAUGGAGGCAGCUGCUCGAAAAAUGGUCUGCGGUGGAGGUGUGUCCCACUGAGGACCCAGAUUACCGUUCCUUUCCUUUGUAUGCAAGAGAAAGGGAGAGAAACGAGAGGGAUCGCGACAGAGACCACAGGGACAGAGAUAGAGAACGGCAUCGCGAUCGAGAAGAGAGGGACAGAGAGAGACUGCGUGAACGCGAGGAGAGGGACAGAGAAAGGCAUAGAGAAAGACAAAGGAGAGAAAUGCAUUCCCAUUCUGAGAGUUCGGAUGAAGAUUCUAGACCAAACAAUUAUGAAAGAGAAUACAGAAGAGCCAGCAAAAGACUCAGACUUCAUAACCAAAGGCCUCCACCUCAAACCACUCCCCGGACUGUAUUCCACAAGGCCUUAGAUGCAGUGGACAUUUCUUGGGAAAACGAACAUUUGAAAAGCAUUCUCAGCAGUGAUGAGUACUGUGACUUUGAGAAGCCGGACAAAGCAGGCAGUUCAGGAACCAACACUCUACAGCCUUACCCCAAGUUCAACGAACUAGGACAACCUUUGUGGCAUGAGCACCUGCCGGUGGUGGGCGCGCGCAUCGAGGCGCUGCGUGCGCACGGACGCGCGCCCGCUGCGCUGCGCCUCGCAGUCAGCGCCGCGCGCGCGCUGCGACACCGCCAGGAAGUAGCGCAGCAGCGGUGGCAGAGCGCGGGUGCGGGUGCGGGAACGAGCGAAGCAUCGUCAUCGAGCGGGACUUGCGGCGCCAGCGAGACGUGUGCUGGGCUGUGCGAGCGCGUCAAGCUAUCGCUGCUGUGCGCGCACAUGGACGCCGGCGCCUGCCUGCCCAGCGGCGCCACGUGCGCACUCUCGCACACGCAGCGCUGCAUCGGACGAGACAGCCGCGGCUGGACGGGAUGGGCGCUAGAAGCGGUGUGGUGUGUGCACGAGUGCCUGGCCGACGCCUGCCUGGCUCCUGACGACCAGCGCGCCUCCCCGCGCCUGCACACGUACCUCGACGAAGAGCCCGCCACCGGAUUGCCGCCCAGGUACCAACAUGUGCCUGUGGCAGGUAGCAAGAACCCUGAAGAAACAUACCUGGCCUUAGCUUUAGAAGCAGCAUUGUUGGGUUUAGGCAUGCAACGAAUGCUUCCUAGUGGACUGUACGCACAGGAACGAUAUUGCAAACAGGAGGAGCGGCUGAUCUCCGCGCUGCAGCGCGUGGAGGGCGAGGCGGUGGCGGGCGUGUGCGCGCGCGUGGCGGCCGCGCUGCUGGCGGGCGGGCCGGCCUCGUGCCUGGGCGCGCGCGUGCAUCCGCGCUCGGCGCCCGCGCACACCUUCGCGCGCUACCUCUUCCUCGCGCUGCUGCCCAACGACCCAGACCUCGCCUACCGCGUGGGGCUGCGCGCCAUGAGGCUACCGAUGGUGGAGGAGGCGUACGCGCUGGACGCGGGCGGCUCGGGCUGUGGUGCAGCGUGCGGGGCGGGCGCCUGGCACACGCUGCAGCAUGCCGAGCAGCAGCAGGCCGCGCUCGCCAGCGCUCUACUCGGCGCUGCGCGAGGCACGCCGGCGCGGCUGCGCGCGGCGUUGGCAGCGGCGCAGCGGCACGUGCGCUCGGCCGCGCAGCUGUUCCGCCUGGCGCAGGACGCGCUGCGCCACGCCGCGCCGCCCGACGCGCCGCACCACCACCGCGACCUGCUCGCCGCUGCUUUCGAGCUGGGCCUGCAGGUACUGCGCAUGACGCUGUCUUCUGUGAAUUGGCGGCGGCGUGAAAUGGUUCGCUGGCUAGUCACGUGUGCUACGGAGCUGGGCCUCGACGCCUUGCUCUCUAUCAUGCAGAACUGGUACGAGUUGUUCACGCCGACGGAGGCGACGGGCCCGGUGGCGGCGGCCGCCAUGUCGCACGCCACGGCGCUGCGCCUCGGCCUCAGCUUCGAGCAGCAGGAGAAGCUCAGCGCCUGUGCGCGUACGCUGGCGCUGCAGUGCGCCGCCAAGGACCCGCCGGGGUGCGCGCUGAGCGCGCUGUCGGUGUGCGAGGGCUCGGCCGGCGCUUUCGAGGCGGCGUGCGCGGCCGUGGGUGGUGCGGCGGCCCGUGGCGCGCUCGCCUCCGGCCAGCUGUUCGCCGUGGCGCGCUACAUGGAGCAGCGCGGCCAGCCCGCGCGCGCCAUGCGCCUCGCCACGCUCGCCAUGCGCAACCUGCACCUGCACUACAACCAGGUGCGUGCAGCCCGCCUCCAGCCAGCUGUUCGCCGUGGCGCGCUACAUGGAGCAGCGCGGCCAGCCCGCGCGCGCCAUGCGCCUCGCCACGCUCGCCAUGCGCAACCUGCACCUGCACUACAACCAGGUGCGUGCAGCCCGCCUCCAGCCAGCUGUUCGCCGUGGCGCGCUACAUGGAGCAGCGCGGAGAGCCCGCGCGCGCCAUGCGCCUCGCCACGCUCGCCGUGCGCAACCUGCACCUGCACUACAACCAGGUGCGUGCAGCCCACGGCCCGUAGCCCGCAGCCCGCCCGCCUCCGGCCAGCUGUUCGCCGUUGCGCGCUACAUGGAGCAGCGCGGAGAGCCCGCGCGCGCCAUGCGCCUCGCCACGCUCGCCAUGCGCAACCUGCACCUGCACUACAACCAGGUGCGUGCAGCCCACGGCCCGUAGCCCGCAGCCCGCCCGCCUUCGGCCAGCUGUUCGCCGUGGCGCGCUACAUGGAGCAGCGCGGCCAGCCCGCGCGCGCCAUGCGCCUCGCCACUCUCGCCGUGUGCAACCUGCACCUGCACUUCAACCAGGUGCGCGCAGACCGCGGCCCGCAGCCCGCAGCCCGCCCGCCUCCAGCUAGCUGUUCGCCGUUGCGCGCUACAUGGAGCAGCGCGGCCAGCCCGCGCGCGCCAUUCGCUUCGCCACGCUCGCCAUGCGCAACCUGCACCUGCACUACAACCAGGUGCGUGCAGCCACGGCCCGCAGGCCGCAGCCCGCCCGCCUCCGGCCAGCUGUUCGCCGUUGCGCGCUACAUGGAGCAGCGCGGAGAGCCCGCGCGCGCCAUGCGCCUCGCCACGCUCGCCAUGCGCAACCUGCACCUGCACUACAACCAGGACAGCCACCCGGCGAUAGCGGACAUCCACUGGGCCGUGGCGCUGGCGCACUCGCUGGGCCGCGCAGAAUUACAAGCGAUGCUGCCACUACUUGUUAAAAAUGUUCAAUGUGCACCAGUCUUGUCGGACGUGCUGCGGCGCUGCUGCGUAGCGGCGGCGGGCUGCUCGCGCGCGCGGCCGGCGCCGCCGCGGCCGCCCACGCCGCUGCGGCCGCUGCUGGAGGCGGCGCUGCGCGCGUACGCCUCCACCACGCACGCGCGCCUCGCACACAUCUCGCCGCGCCACUACGCAGACUUCGUCGACUUCCUCGACAUCACAACAACUCGCUCACCGUUAUACGUGUUGCAGCCAUCACAACAACUCACACACCGUUAUACGUGCUGCAGACAUCACAACAACUCAGACACCGUUAUACAUGCUGCAGACAUCACAACAACUCACACACCGUUAUACGUGCUGCAUACAUCACAACAACUCAUACACCGUUAUACAUGCCGCAGACAUCACAACAACUCACACACCGUUAUACGUGCUGCAGACAUCACAACAACUCACACUUCGUCAUACGUGCUGCAGACAUCACAACAACUCACUCACUGUUAUACGUGCUGCAGCCAUUACAACAACUCACACACCGUUGUACAUGCUGCAGACAUCGCAAUAACUCACACACCGUUAUAUGUGCUACAGACAUCACAACAACUCACACACCAUUAUACAUGCUACAGACAUCACAACAACUCACACACCGUUAUACGUGCUACAGACAUCACAACAACUCACACACCAUUAUACAUGCUACAGACAUCACAACAACUCACACACCGUUAUACCUGCUACAGACAUCACAACCACUCACACACCGUUAUACAUGCUGCAGACAUCACAACAACUCACACACCGUUAUACAUGCUGCAGACAUCACAACAACUCACACACCGUUAUACGUGCUACAGACAUCACAACAACUCACACACCGUUAUACAUGCUGCAGACAUCACAACAACUCACACACCGUUAUACAUGCUGCAGACAUCACAACAACUCACACACCGUUAUACGUGCUGCAGACAUCACAACAACUCACACACCGUUAUACAUGCUGCAGACAUCACAACAACUCACACACCGUUAUACGUGCUACAGACAUCACAACCACUCACACACCGUUAUAAACAUGCUGCAGACAUCACAACAACUCACACACCGUUAUACAUGCUGCAGACAUCACAACAACUCACACACCGUUAUACAUGCUGCAGACAUCACAACCACUCACACACCGUUAUAACAUGCUGCAGACAUCACAACAACUCACACACCGUUAUACAUGCUGCAGACAUCACAACAACUCACACACCGUUAUACAUGCUGCAGACAUCACAACCACUCACACACCGUUAUAACAUGCUGCAGACAUCACAACAACUCACACACCGUUAUACGUGCUGCAGACAUCACAACAACUCACACACCGUUAUACGUGCUGCAGACAUCACAACAACUCACACACCGUUAUACAUGCUACAGACAUCACAACCACUCACACACCGUUAUACAUGCUGCAGACAUCACUACAACUCACACACCGUUAUACAUGCUGCAGACAUCACAACAACUCACACACCGUUAUACAUGCUGCAGACAUCACAACAACUCACACACCGUUAUACAUGCUGCAGACAUCACUACAACUCACACACCGUUAUACAUGCUGCAGACAUCACAACAACUCACACACCGUUAUACAUGCUACAGACAUCACAACCACUCACACACCGUUAUACAUGCUGCAGACAUCACAACAACUCACACACCGUUAUAACAUGCUACAGACAUCACAACAACUCACACACCGUUAUACAUGCUGCAGACAUCACAACAACUCCUACACCGUUAUACGUGCUGCAGACAUCACAACAACUCACACACCAUUAUACGUGCUACAGACAUCACAACAACUCACACACCGUUAUACGUGCUACAGACAUCACAACAACUCACACACCGUUAUACAUGCUGCAGACAUCACAACAACUCACACACCGUUAUACGUGCUACAGACAUCACAACAACUCACACACCGUUAUACCUGCUGCAGACAUCACAACAACUCACACACCGUUAUACGUGCUGCAGACAUCACAACAACUCACACACCGUUAUACGUGUUGCAGACAUCACAACAACUCACACACCGUUAUACAUGCUACAGACAUCACAACAACUCACACACCGUUAUACAUGCUACAGACAUCACAACAACUCACACACCGUUAUACGUGCUGCAGACAUCACAACAACUCACACACCGUUAUACGUGCUGCAGACAUCACAACAACUCACACACCGUUAUAA